AUGACGAUGAACAAGCUGGUGCUCUGCGCGGCCAUCGCCUUCACCUUCGCCUCAGCUGCCGCACACGCCCAGCGGUGCGGCGAGCAGGCCGGCGGCAUGGAGUGCUCCGAAAACCUCUGCUGCAGCAAGGACGGGUACUGCGGGCUGGGCGCCGACCACUGCGGCGACGGAUGCCAGAGCGGCGCCUGCCACGCCAGCAAGCGCUGCGGCAGCCAGGCCGCCGGCGCGGCGUGCACCAACAACUACUGCUGCAGCCAGUCCGGCUACUGCGGCUUCGGCGACGAGUACUGCGGCGCCGGCUGCCAGAGCGGGCCCUGCCGCGACCCCAUCAGGUGCGGCCGGCAAGCCGGGGGCGAGCUAUGCGCCAACAACAUGUGCUGCACCGGCCUCGGGAAGUGCGGCAUCGGCUAUGGUUACUGCGGCUAUGGCUGCCAGAGCGGGGCUUGCACGGAGAGGGAAUUCUGCGGAAACUGGGCACACGGUCGAGUUUGCGACAGUAACUACUGUUGUGGCGAGGGUGGGCUUUGUGGCCUCGGCCCCAAAUAUUGUGGCCACGGCUGCCAGAGCGGCCCCUGUUAUGCUACUCCAUCUCUCCCAAAAUAA